AUGUUACUUGAUUUACCAGCUAUUCCCAAAGAAUCAUGCACGGAGCUCAGACAAUUGGUAGACAAUGUUUCGCAAUACACACAAUCGUUAAUAAAACUCGGACAACCAGUAGAGAGUUGGAGCACUGUAAUAAUACACAUAGUGUUGCCAAAGCUUGAUAAAGGUUCUCGUAGAGAGUGGGAAUCGAAACGCGAUGAAAGGGAAGAAUUCCCUGCACUUACUGAAUUCAUAGAAUUUAUUGUUAAUCGUAGUUCCUUUUUAGAAGCUGUGAAUCGAGCGAAUCAGAAUGCGCAAAAUGUGGCUGGGAGUCAUGCUCGAAGCAACGGUAAACCGAAUUCAAGUCAACAAAAAAAUGUAACUCAAUCGUACGUUGCAUCAAAUAAUUCAGCAUGUGUAACAUGCUCCGGAGAUCACAAAUUGCAUGAAUGUAAACGAUUCCUGGAGAUGUCAGUGUCAGACAGAACUGCAGAAGUAAAAGGUAAACGUUUGUGUCUAAAAUGUCUUAAAAGCUUCCAUGGACGAAAUUGUAGAGCAUCAAGUUGUAAGGUAUGCAAAGGCUAUCAUAAUACGCUUCUACAUAAAUCUGAGUUCUCUAGCAAUGAACAAUCAAAUAAAGAGAAUGAUAAGGCAGAGACAAGUGACAAGAACUCCUCUCGGCAGACCGUUGCUUCGAACAUAACCACAACUUCCACGGUAUUAAACCACUGUAGCAUCCAAAGAAAUCCACAGGUACUCCUUGCGACGGCUAUUAUUUACAUUUAUGAUCGCAACGGAACCCCCCACGAAUGUCGUGCAUUACUCGAUAGUGGAUCUCAGUCCAACUUUAUUACAAAGGAAUUAAGUAAACGAUUAAAUUUAAAACAGGAAUGUGCUCACACUACGAUUAUGGGUAUUAAUCAUACUCCGUCAGAGAUCCCAUUUUUGGUUAUUAACAAAAUAACAGAACAGUUACCAAUGGUUGCAAUAGAAGAUGACAAGUUUAAGAUACCAACUAAUUUACAGCUGGCAGAUCCUACGUAUUUCAUUCCAAAUCAUAUAGAUAUUCUAUUAGGUGCUUCUAUUUUUUGGGAGCUCAUGGGCAGUAACCAAAUUCGACGCGGCAGGCAUGUACCUAUACUUCAAGAAACUAAAUUAGGAUGGAUAAUCUCAGGCACAAUACAGAGUAAUAAAAUGAAACAGUGUGACAAUACAUACUGUGGAAUAUCCGUCAAUGCCGCACUUAACCAACAGUUAGAGAAGUUUUGGAAAGUCGAAGAAGUGGAGCAACCCAUGCAUCAGUCAGUCGAAGAAACACAUUGCGAAGAGCACUUUCGGUCUACGCACAGUAGAGAUAAAGAGGGCCGUUUUAUAGUACAAUUGCCCUUGAAAGGAAAGAUAGAGGAGUUAGGGGAUUCAUUUAACAUAGCGGAAAAACGUUUGAAAACACUGGAGCGAAAAUUAGAAAGGCAGCCAGAAUUAAAGGAUCAGUAUCAUGCAUUUUUGAAAGAAUAUGAUAAGGUAGCAUAUUAUAUUCCUCAUCAUGGUGUGAUAAAGGAAGACAGUACUACUACGAAGCUGAGAGUCGUGUUUGAUGCUUCGUGCAAAACAUUUUCGGGAAAAUCGCUUAAUGACUUGCUUAUGGUGGGACCAAUUAUUCAAGAGAGCCUGUUUGAGAUUGUCAUACGUUUACGGCAGCACAAAUUUGCAAUUGCAGGAGACAUUACGAAGAUGUACCGACAAAUCAACGUAGAAAAUGAGGAUCGCAAACUGCAGCGCAUACUGUGGAGAUGGAGUAAAGACGAGCCUAUCCGAAUAUUCAAACUGAAUACAGUAACAUAUGGAAUCUCGAGUUCACCGUUUCUAGCUAUGAGGUGUCUUAAAGAAAUAGCACAACAACAUGCAGCUGAAGACAGCAGAGCAAGCAAAGUGAUACAAAGCGACUUCUACGUGGAUGAUUUGUGGACAGGAGCAGAUUCAGUAGAUGAACUCGUAAGCCUUAAAGAUAGAAUUACUCGAAUUCUCUCGUCUGCCAAAUUUGAGCUCAGAAAAUGGGUCUCCAACGCUCCAGGGAUUAGCGAGCAGAGCAACAAAAAAGAAACGGUGCAAUUAAAGGAUGAAUUACAAUAUAAAGUGAAAUUACAGAGCAGUCACAAGAAAGUUACAAAACGUAUCAUUUUAACCAGUGUAGCGCAAAUUUAUGAUCCGCUAGGAUUAUUGGGACCCGUAGUAAUACAGGAAUCCCGAGAAGAUUCUUGUGAUAAUCCGGAGAGAAUAGAAUUACACGGAUUCUGCGAUUCGUCAGAACAUGCAUAUGGAGCCUGCAUAUAUAUUCGAAGCAUUACGUCACAACAAGAAUACACUGUUAGAUUGAUUUGCGCCAAAUCGCGAGUAGCACCCAUAAAAACAGUGUCACUUCCAAGAUUGGAGUUAUGCGGGGCGGCGUUAUUGACUAAAUUAGGCAAAGCUCUGUCUUGGAUACCGGGCGAAGCAAGUCGGUGGAAAUCCUUUGUAGCAAAUAGAGUGGCCAAUAUACAACAGGAUUCAGAAGGCAUUCUGUGGCAUCAUGUAAGAUCGCAAGAUAACCCAGCUGACUUGUUAUCAAGAGGAGUAAAUCCCAGCAAAUUAAAGGAGCAAAAAAUCUGGUGGGAGGGUCCACAAUUUUUGCAUAAAAACUCGACUCUGGUACCUUUUAAUAGUAAGAACAUACCAGAGAAUAUAACAGAGGAACGAACAACGAGCUUCUUGGCUUACAACGAAAACAAUUUUUACUCAGACAUGAUACAAAGAUUCUCCUCAUUAUCGCGAUUAACCCAUGUAGCAGCUUAUUGUAUUCGCUUUAAAAAUAAUGCAUUAAGACACACGGUACAAAAAAAAGGAACUCUGGAUGUAAAGGAAGUAGAACAAGCAUUGAAGAUACUUAUUAAAAGUUGUCAAGCAAAUAGUUUUCCUCAGGAGUUGCACAGUUUACGAAGUCAAACUCAAUUACAUUCAAAGAGCAAGCUCUUAAAUCUGCAUCCAUUUUUAGAUCCAGAUGGUAUCAUUCGUGUGGGGGGGAGGUUGCGUAACGCGUCUAUAGAGUAUACACAAAAAUAUCCUAUUGUUUUACCUAAGAAGCACCAUUUGACUAAAUUGAUAAUUAGAGACAUACAUUACAAAAAUUUACACGCCGGACCACAAGCAAUUCUGACAAUAAUGCGUAACAAUUAUUGGCCGAUCUCAGGAAGGGAUGCAAUUCGUCGUGUCUUAAGAAGUUGCGUAGUAUGCUUUCGUAUAAAACCUGUGAGUACAAAGCAAUUAAUGGGUGAUUUGCCGGCUGUGAGGGUAACGCAAGCGAGAGCGUUUCUACAUACUGGACUAGAUUAUGCGGGUCCGUUUUCAAUAAAGAUAUCGCGCAAUAAAACGAGCAAAUGCUAUUUAGCGAUUUUUGUCUGUUUAGCCACUAAAGCGGUACAUUUUGAGUUGGUGCUGGAUUUAAAGGCAACAUCAUUUCUCAAUGCAAUGAAAAGAUUUAUCGCUAGAAGGGGUAAAUGUGCCACUCUAUACUCGGAUAAUGGUACCACGUUUGUGGGAGCAAAUAAUCAGCUGUUAGAAUUGAAGGAGUGUUUAGCAUAA